AUGAGUCUUCGACCACCUGCUUCCGCGACCUCUGCUGCGGCUGCCCCCGCAGUAGGCACCUCCAGUGGUGUCUCCACCGCGACCUCCUCCGCAGCCGGCUCUACAGACAGCGCCCCCGCCGUGGCACCCGCUAAAGCCGCUGGAGCAGCCUCUCCGCCCGCCGUGGCUGGAGGGGUCGCCUCCAUUCGUGGUGCGGUCUCAGCCACUGGAGCUCCGGCCCGGACCUCCACGGCCGCGGGCGGGGUUGGAGGUGCUGUCGGUGGAGUCGCCAACCCCCCAGCAGUGGUUGUGGAAGAAGCUUGCUGGAGGCCGGACCUGCCGGCCGAGGAGUCGCCGGUGGAAGCAGAAGAUGAGGCAGGAUUGGGGAUUGCCUCCUCCCUGAGGCUGGCGCCCCGGGCGACCGGCGGGGCGGCACCACUGUCGGCGUCUCCGGUGGCUGUGGCGGGGCCUGCUGCUGCUGCUGCUGGGGCGGUGGUGGCGGUGGGCCCUACUGCUUCCGCUGGGGCGGUGGUGAUGGCGGCGCCUGGCACUACUGUGGGGGCUGAGGCGACGGUGGCGGUGGUUGCUACUGUGGCGGAAACCGCUGCGGCUCGUCAGGCCUCCCCUGCGGCAACUGCUGGCGAUGGGGCGGCGGCGGCGGAGCCCAGGAGCUAA